AUGUCGCCGACUCUUGAAAACCUCAAGCCAUCUCAAAUCGCUAUCCCGGCUGGAGAGCUCAUUGCAGUCUCUGGCGCCAAUGGCUUUAUGGGAAGCCACAUCUGCGAUCAGUUGCUCCAUCUGGGCUACCGAGUGCGUGGGAUCGUGCGUAACAAGGAACGAGGCGCAUGGCUAGUCAACUACUUUGAAGAGAAAUACGGCCCUGAGGUGUUCGAGCUCGCUCAAGUUCCAGACAUGACGGUGCCUAGAAGUUGCGACGACGCCGUAUCUGACACAUUUAAUGACCAAGUGAUGGCUCUUGCCUAUUCCAAGAAUCUCCCAGGGGGGGUUGUUGGAGGGCACACUGUCUAUGCUGCUGGAAAAACCAAGGCUGAACAAGAGCUCUGGAGGUGGUACGGUGAAACAAGCCCCGAGUUUGCUUUGAAUGUCGUUAUUCCGAGUCCUUGUUUCGGCCAAUCCUUGUGUCCGGCACAGCAAGGCUAUUCUGCAGCAAACCGAGUGUUGAAAAUGCUUUGGGAUGGCGAUGACUCUGACGAUGUUGCCAACGCUUUUACAGCCCAGUGGUUCUGCGAGGUCAAGAAUGUGUCCACGUUACAUGUGGGUGCACUUUUACUCUCUGAUGUCAAGUCCGAGAGGCUCUUUGCGUACGCGGCGAGGUUCACAAUUAACGACAUCUUGAGCAUCUUCCGAAACACGUCCCCAGGGAAAAAGUUCCGAAACGAUGUUGCUGACACAAAGCCUGAUCGGACAGAGGUGCCGAACAAGAGAUCUGGUGAGGUUUUGCGACUGAUCAGUGUGCCACGCUGGGCUACGUUGAAAGAAUGCCUGGAGGGUCUCGUCAAGCAAUGGAGUGGCAUGUCUGAUUGA